AUGGGUAAGGACGAGCGCACUCACAUCAACAUCGUCGUCAUCGGACACGUCGACUCCGGCAAGUCCACCACCACCGGUCACUUGAUCUACAAGUGCGGUGGUAUUGACGCUCGUACCAUUGAGAAGUUCGAGAAGGAAGCCAACGAACUCGGAAAGGGUUCCUUCAAGUAUGCCUGGGUUUUGGACAAGCUCAAGGCUGAGCGUGAGCGUGGUAUCACCAUCGACAUUGCUCUCUGGAAGUUCCAGACUGCUAAGUACGAGGUUACCGUCAUUGACGCCCCCGGUCACCGUGAUUUCAUCAAGAACAUGAUCACUGGUACCUCCCAGGCCGAUUGCGCUAUUCUCAUCAUUGCCUCCGGUACUGGUGAGUUCGAGGCUGGUAUCUCCAAGGAUGGCCAGACUCGUGAGCACGCUCUUUUGGCUUUCACCCUCGGUGUCCGCCAGCUCAUUGUUGCCCUCAACAAGAUGGACACCUGCAAGUGGUCUCAGGAUCGUUACAACGAAAUUGUCAAGGAGACUUCCAACUUCAUCAAGAAGGUCGGAUACAACCCCAAGAACGUUCCUUUCGUUCCCAUCUCCGGUUUCAACGGUGACAACAUGCUUGAGCCCUCCCCCAACUGCCCCUGGUACAAGGGCUGGGAGAAGGAGACCAAGGGUGGCAAGGUCACUGGUAAGACCCUCCUCGAGGCCAUCGACGCCAUCGAGCCCCCUACCCGUCCCGCCAACAAGCCCCUCCGUCUUCCCCUCCAGGAUGUUUACAAGAUCGGUGGUAUUGGAACGGUGCCCGUCGGUCGUGUUGAGACCGGUACCAUCGUCCCUGGUAUGGUCGUUACCUUCGCUCCUGCCAACGUCACCACUGAAGUCAAGUCUGUUGAGAUGCACCACCAGCAGCUCACUGCCGGUCAGCCCGGUGACAACGUUGGUUUCAACGUGAAGAACGUUUCCGUCAAGGAAAUUCGCCGUGGUAACGUCGCUGGUGACAGCAAGAACGACCCCCCUGCCGGUGCUGCUUCCUUCAACGCCCAGGUCAUCGUCCUCAACCACCCCGGUCAGGUCGGUGCUGGUUACGCCCCAGUCCUCGAUUGCCACACUGCCCACAUUGCUUGCAAGUUCUCUGAGCUCCUCGAGAAGAUUGACCGCCGUACCGGAAAGUCUGUUGAGGACCACCCCAAGUUCAUCAAGUCUGGUGACGCUGCCAUCGUCAAGAUGAUUCCUUCCAAGCCCAUGUGUGUCGAGGCUUUCACCGAGUACCCUCCUCUCGGUCGUUUCGCCGUUCGCGACAUGCGACAAACCGUCGCUGUCGGUGUCAUCAAGUCUGUUGACAAGUCUGUUGGUGGUACUGGAAAGGUCACCAAGGCUGCCCAGAAGGCCACUGAAGUUGCUCGACAAAGAGCACCCCCCCCCGCAUUUAACGAGCUCAUGGAAGCCCCAUGGACUGGAACAAUCGACUUUGGUGUAUAUGCGAAAUUGAUUUUCGCUGAAGGGGCCAUCGAUCCAGAGACGGAUAACCACUGGGUGUAUGUGGGCUCUGCCACAGCGGUCAAUGCAGGACUUGCGGCGAGACAAAAACAACACGACCGGCCAUCAGAGGCUGAAAAACGUAAAUCACACCAUUUCAGACUCGUGUUUGGCCCAAUUAAGCGAAAGACCAAGUUUGUUACGCUUUUCCGCGCGCCAAACCCGACCACCAUAAGCGAUGAAGACGUGUUUCUACAUCGCCAACUUUGCAUGGUUGUGGAGGCAGUUUAUGCAAUUCUGCUCGGUGCAAUUUGCCCAAAAUUAGAUGAUCGAAUCGACGAGGCAUGUGUGUAUGGCCUGCCAUAUGAAGUAUUCACAUCGAGAGGGGCCUGCAGGCGUCUCUGCUUGGUAGAGCCACAGCGACCAAUAAAAUACACCUUGCCCGAUGCCGAGAAACCCAGCAAGAUCAAGAAAGCCGGCAGUAAGGCUCAAUUCUGGGCUCAAUUCUGGGCUGAGAAUAAAAAAAUGCUUGAUCAAACGUCUGAGGAAGAGGAGGAAGACGAGGAGGAUGAGGGAGAGGAGGAAGAGGAAGAAGAAAAAGAAGAGGAAGAGGAAGAGGAAGAAGAAAAAGAAGAGGAAGAGGAAGAGGAAGAAGGAGAAGAGGAAGAAGAGCAAGAGGAGAUUGUGGAGGAUGAUGAGGAUGACAAAACGUUGUUAGAUCCUCCCAUCAAAAAAGCAACGAAGCGCGAGAGUCCCGAACAACCACGGCGCUACAGAGAAAAGAACCCCGAGCGAGAAAGGAAAAAGAAGCAACUUGCCCGGCAGAAACCCGAGCAGCGUCAAAAGGCCAGGGAUUACUCUCGGAGAUAUCGCGAGGAGCAUGCGGAAGAGAUCCAGGCCCGGAAAGAUGCCAUGACAGAGGAAGAACGGCAAGCGCAGCGGGACAAAAGAGCUGCCCAGCAAAGGGCACGGCGAGCAGAGGAAAGCCGAAAAAAUCCCAAGCCAAAGCACAUCGUGCCUCUUAGGGUUAAACAAGCGCCGGAACCAAAGGCGCCAAAGGAGGAGAGCUAG